CCGCACACCGUCCUCAUCCCCCGUCCGGACAUCGCAUCACCCUUCACGGGCAUCGCAUCGAACCCUCUUCUGGAAGCAACUGUGGCGGCUGGGGGAAUCCACGGCGGCAGGUUGCUCGGUGGGGGCGGCGUCUACGGGGGCGGCGCGGGCUGGGGAGCCCACGGCACCGGGCUCGGGCUACUCGGGUGGCUGCGGCGGCGGGUUUUCUGGAAGCUGGGCGGGGCACGUCCUGGGGCUCUGACGGUGGGCUGUCCGGACGGGGUCGUGCGCACGUGGUCGGAUCGAGUGGCGUUGCGCCAUCAAAGGCUGCGGGCGGCGGCUGCCUCGGGCUUACGCGACGGAAGAGAAAAUCAGAGAUCAGAGCACCAGCAGCUAGUCUAGGCUGCCUACCUACGACCAGUGUUGGUGAUCGUCAGAAAUCAAGGCAAUGACGCACAACUAUCAUGCGCUUGUCUCUCCACACCCUGCAUUAUGUUGGACUAGGAGUACACACACCAGGUCGUCUGCUUCUUCUCCCGUAUGGAAAAAAGCAAACAACAUAAGCACCUCUUAUCCAUCGACCAAGUUGGGGGUGGGGGCUUUUACAAGGCGCCGCACCAUUCCUGUUGCCAACGGUCAGUCACUUCCAGGAUAUAGCGCCACUCCCGAUGAGUGUAACAAUGGCCUUAAAUCAAGCGAUGGCAUAUCUGUUGGUGCUGUAAAGGAUGCUGUCAUUGGACUGCAUUCUUUGGGUGUCAGAAGUGAGCUAAUUCUUCUAGCUCUACCGGCAGUCUUUGGUCAAGCUAUUGAUCCAUUGGCGCAACUUUUGGAGACUGCAUAUAUUGGUCGAUUAGGUGCUCUGGAGUUGGCAUCGGCCGGUAUUGGUGUGUCAAUUUUUAACAUUUUAUCAAAGAUUUUCAACAUUCCAUUGUUGAGCAUUGCAACCUCAUUUGUGGCAGAGGAUAUUUCCAAGAAUGUUAGCAAGCAUUCUAGUUCAGGCAAAUUGGAGCUGUCAUCUGUAUCGUCUGCUUUGAUUUUAGCUGCUGGAAUCGGUAUAAUUGAAGCAUCGGCAUUAUUCCUAGGAUCAGGAUUGUUUCUUAAACUAAUGGGCGUGUCACCUGCUUCUCCAAUGCAUAAACCUGCAAAAUUAUUUAUUUCAUUGAGAGCUUUGGGAGCACCUGCAAAUGUGAUUAUGUUAGCAGUCCAGGGUAUCUUUCGUGGAUUCAAGGAUACCAAGACUCCUUUACUUUAUAUAGGUUUGGGAAAUCUUUCAGCUGUAGUCCUUCUUCCUCUACUUAUAUAUGGCUUUCAGCUUGGCAUUACUGGAGCUGCAAUUUCUACAGUUGCAUCCCAGUACAUUAUUGCAGUGUUGCUUCUCCGAUCUCUAAGUAAAAGAGCUGUUCUACUUCCUCCAAGGAUGGACCAGUUAGAUUUUAGUGGAUAUCUAAAAUCUGGUGGUAUGCUGUUGGGAAGAACCCUCUCAAUUCUAUUAACUAUGACCAUUGGCACAUCAAUGGCUGCUCGACAAGGCCCAACGGCUAUGGCUGCUCAUCAGAUUUGUUUACAAGUAUGGCUUGCUGUAUCAUUGCUUGCAGAUGCUUUAGCUGUUUCUGCCCAGGCGCUGAUAGCAAGCUCUUAUGCAAUAUUGGACUAUAAAAGGGUUCAAAAGAUAGCAAUGUUUGUGUUGCAGAUAGGAGUAAUUAGUGGGUUAGCUUUAGCUGUUGGCUUGUAUGGAUCAUUUGGCAAUAUAGCAAGAUUAUUUACCAGUGACCCUGAGGUCCUAAUGGUCGUCAAAUCUUGCGCAUUGUUUGUCUGUGCCAGUCAACCAGUCAAUGCUCUGGCAUUCAUCUUUGAUGGUCUCCAUUAUGGUGUAUCAGAUUUUGACUAUGUUGCUCAAGCUACGAUUGUGGUUGGAAUAAUGUCAUCACUAGUCCUGUUAUAUGCUCCAUCUGUUUUUGGCCUGGCUGGAGUUUGGGCUGGUUUGACAACACUUAUGGGGUUGCGCAUGGCUGCAGGCAUCCUGAGGUUGCUAUGGAAAUCGGGACCUUGGUCAUUUUUGCACGAGGAGCCAUAAACUGAGGUAAGAGGUGGUAGUAAACUAUAGUUGCCUAGUUGGUUCAUAAGAUAAGCUGCCAUUGUUAGCAACACAUUGUUCAGUUUUGGAGGGUGCUUUGGUGGAGUCGCUGUAGCUGCCGGAAGGAAGAUGUCGCCUGCUGCGAAGCAAUCAGGAGGAAAAGGUCCAGAAGCUAAGAGGCAGCAGUGAGUGGUAAAAAGAGGAGGCGCCAAGCCGUGGCUUCGGAGAGAUGGAAAAGAUGAAGAUGAGAGGUGAGGUGAGGACAGGGUUGCAGGGAGGGAAGGAGGGAGAAGAUGCGGAUCAGAAGAUUCCCGUUCGCGUGCGAUGCAUCUUUUCCCAUUCCAUUCUUUCCGUGGGUUGCUCUGAUUGUGAUUGCGUCUUAUUCUGGGGUUUUCUUCUCUUCACUAGAGCUAGUACUUCGGAUUGUCUUCAUCAGAGGUGUAAUUCUUUAGUUCUAAUUUGGUGCUGUGAGCUGGCAAUAUAUACAAUUUAUUUUCUGAUACCA